AAUAGGUAACAAUACAGGCAGACAGGGCGCCUCUCCAAUUUGUUGCAACUGCUGCAUUACAUUACGUAGGAGUACACUAACAAUACGUACCUACCGCCAUCAGAAUAAUUCAUACCAUACAUCAAUCCCACCUCUCUCAAUACACCCUUCAAUACAUACCUAAACAACCAACUUUUUGUCCUCACUCCCUUCCAAUUAUUGGUUCAAGUCAAGUACCCAAAGUGAUUUUGAUCUUCCAAUUAACACGAAUCCGUUCUCAUAAUGCACUCCGUCCUGAGAUGAUAUCCAUUGUGUGCUUGUUCAUUGACAAAUUUAGUGCGAUACUACGCUAGAUCGCAUUCUUUCCAUUUCCAUAUUUCCAAACAGCACGACUCCAGCAAAUCCCAUAAGCCCAGAUUCGAAAAGUCCCAUUAGCCAUGGCGUCCAAGCGCAAAGCUUCAGCAAUGGCCACUACCUCUGGUGUUGAUGAGGAACCAGUAGACCCCUCAGACGAGCUGAUGUUUCUCUGUCUAGGUGGUGGAAAUGAAGUCGGUCGAUCAUGUCAUAUCAUACAAUACAAAGGAAAGACAGUCAUGCUCGAUGCUGGCCAACAUCCUGCCUACGAUGGCCUCGCCGCUCUCCCUUUCUUUGACGACUUCGACCUAAGCACGGUCGAUGUUCUCCUUAUUAGCCAUUUUCAUAUAGAUCAUGCCGCAUCUCUUCCUUAUGUUCUGGCGAAGACCAAUUUCAGAGGCAGGGUCUUCAUGACGCAUCCAACCAAGGCUAUUUACAAAUGGCUUAUCCAAGACAGCGUCCGAGUCGGAAACACUUCGUCAAACCUUACUUCACAACCCGUAUACACGGAACAGGACCAUCUGAAUACCUUCUCCCAGAUUGAGGCAAUCGAUUACCACACAACUCAUACUAUCUCUUCCAUCCGAAUUACUCCUUAUCCCGCUGGCCAUGUACUAGGAGCUGCGAUGUUUCUGAUAGAGAUAGCUGGGUUGAACAUAUUCUUCACGGGAGACUAUUCUCGAGAGCAAGAUAGACAUUUAGUAUCUGCGGAAGUCCCUAGAGGCGUUAAGAUCGAUGUGCUUAUCACUGAAUCGACUUACGGAGUAUCAACUCAUGUUCCAAGACUGGAAAGGGAACAGGCAUUGAUGAAAUCGAUCACCGGUAUUCUGAACCGAGGUGGACGAGUGUUAAUGCCUGUAUUUGCUCUAGGGAGAGCUCAGGAACUUCUGUUAAUCUUGGACGAGUACUGGGAUAAGCAUCAAGAAUUCCAAAACAUCCCAAUCUACUACGCUAGCAACCUCGCGCGGAAGUGUAUGGUCGUAUAUCAGACGUACAUCGGUGCGAUGAACGAUAACAUUAAGAGGUUGUUCCGAGAACGAAUGGCGGAAGCUGAGGCUGCAGGGGACGGGGCGGGUAAAAACGGUCCUUGGGAUUUCAAGUAUAUUAGAUCUCUCAAAAGCCUCGACAGAUUUGAUGAUGCUGGCAGCUGCGUCAUGCUUGCCAGCCCUGGUAUGCUGCAGAACGGAAUUAGUAGAGAACUACUAGAGAGAUGGGCCCCCAACGAGAAGAACGGUGUUAUUAUCACGGGUUAUAGCGUUGAAGGCACCAUGGCCAAGCACAUCGUCCAGGAGCCAGAUCAGAUUCAAGCCGUCAUGUCAAGAAGCGUCAAUGCUGCGCGGAGGGCGCCUGGUGCAGACAGCGAUAAAGUUAUGAUACCUCGAAGAUGUAGCGUCGCCGAGUAUUCUUUUGCCGCGCAUGUCGACGGUCAAGAAAAUAAGGAGUUUAUCGAGGAAGUAGGAGCACCUGUGGUGAUUUUGGUGCAUGGCGAACAACACAAUAUGAUGCGGUUGAAGUCCAAGCUAUUAUCGUUAAACGCGGGGAAAACGGAUAAGGUCAAGGUGUUCAGCCCUAGGAAUUGCGAGGAGUUGCGCAUCCCAUUCAAGACCGAUAAGGUUGCUAAGGUAGUCGGUAAACUUGCGUCGAUACCCCUCCCAAAACACUUGCCUUCGCCUAACGACCAAAUCACCGAGUUGGUAGCUGGAGUCAUAGUUCAGAACGACUUCAAGAUGUCGCUAAUGGAUCCCGAAGACUUGCGUGAAUACGCGGGCCUUACGACUUCUACGAUCGCGUGUCGACAGCGGUUUACCUUAAGCGCAGCUGGCAUCGAUCUGAUCAAGUGGGCUCUCGAGGGCACGUUUGGCAGCAUCGAAGAACUUCCGGAGACUAAGAAUCGAAAGGAGACUAGUGAAAGCGAGGAAGCAAACGGGGGUGAUGAUAAGGCUGAUGCAGACGAAGAAGUUGCCCAGCUCGUAGCAGCCUACCUGGUGAUGGGCUGCAUCACGGUGCGAUAUCGCAGCAACGGCGAGGUAGAGUUGGAAUGGGAAGGUAACAUGCUAAAUGACGGCAUCGCCGACGCUGUUAUGGCAGUUCUCUUGUCUGUCGAAAGCAGCCCUGCUGCCGUGAAGCGAUCGGCGAACAAACAUUCCCACUCCCACGAAUUGCCAGCUCGCAAUCCGCACGCCAACCUAACGCCGGAGGAGCGUCUGCAGCGCAUGUUCCUCUUCCUCGAGGCACAGUUCGGUGCCGACGCGCUUACCCCUGUCACAACACCCAAACUACCGCCUCUAGUUAAGGACAAGAAGCCGAAAAAAUCGGAGGACGACGAGAAUGGAGACCCUGGUUCGGACGCGUCCAUGGAGUUGUCGGAUGACGAGGAUGAAGAGGAACGACUACUAGAGCUACGGCAGAAGACCGAGCUCGAACGGCUGCAUAAGAUUGGGAUUCCCGUGCCGGGCGUCACCAUCAAGGUUGACAAGAUGGUGGCUACGGUGUGGCUCGAAGAUCUUGAGGUGGAAUGUAACUAUAAGGCGUUCGCUGAUCGGGUCAGAGCUGUCGUUGAGCGGGCUGUCGAGAUUACGGCACCCCUUUGGGGCUGAUAUUAUCUUCUGUCCUAAGAUGAGCUAGAAGGGAUAACGGAGAUAAGUACAUAGCUCGCCUUUUAUGUAUUAUAGGUAAGUUUAUGGAUCUUGCGGCUACCGUCCUAUCUAGGCAGGUUAAGCAGUGGAUUUUGCGAGACAAGGGAGGAUAUGAUGACUAUGAUACGGCCGUGGCGGGUCCGGGGGAGGUGAGGAUGUCAUGAGAUAAGCGCGCGGAAAGUCUGUCUUAUGACACUGCAGAUGAGGCGUCUAUUAUGCCUACAGAUCAUUAAUCAUCCAACCCGUACUAGUGGCGGGUAUGAUGUUUACACACGGCCACCGUUCCACGAUCGGGUUAUAUAUAUCCUUAAUGAGUUAGAAAAAAAAAGGAAAAAAGAAAAAAAGAAUAAUGAGUCCCCUAUGAGUAGAUGCCUACCUUACCUAUUAUAUAAAAGGAUGCCAUAAAUUCAGCAUGAUAUACAUGUGUAGAUUACUGUUAUGCCUUAUUGUGUUCGGAGGCACUUUAGGUAGCCACCCUGCGACCCUGCCACCUCCGCUGAACCAUAGGCGCGGUACGGCUAAGUACCUAGCUAUCUAGUUUGAGUACUUAGCCACCAAGAAAAUAGAGUGAUAUGAUUGGUCUGUUUGAGA